CCAGCUCUCACCUGUCCUGCCCUCAGCGCCAUUGGUCGUGGCUUCAAUGAGCAGGGGAGCUUCCUUUGGGCAUCCUGGGACCUUGCCCGCCCUUCGGCGACCACUCCUUGGGUCUGGGGACGCCUGGGAAAUGUUUGCCUCCUGCCACUGAUGACCGAUUCCCGGGACCAUGGAUCAUGCUGAGGAGCAGGCGCCCCUUGCGGCCCCCGAGAGGUACCGCGUGGAGAGGCCCAUCUUCAGCCAUCCGGUCCUGCAGGAGCGGCUGCACACCAAGGACAAGGUUGCCGACUCCAUCGGCGAUAAGCUGAAACAGGCCUUCACAUUCACUCCCAAGAAAAUCAGGAACAUCAUCUACAUGUUCCUGCCCAUCACCAAAUGGCUACCAGCAUACAAAUUCAAGGAGUAUGUGCUGGGGGACUUGGUGUCCGGCAUAAGCACAGGGGUGUUGCAGCUGCCUCAGGGUCCCUUCGCUGUCAUUAGCCUGAUGAUUGGUGGUGUGGCCGUUCGACUGGUCCCCGAUGACAUAGUCAUCCCAGGAGGAGUCAACAGCACCAAUGGGACAGAAGCCAGGGACGCCUUGCGAGUCAAAGUUGCCAUGUCUGUGACCUUGCUUUCAGGCAUCAUUCAGUUUUGCCUAGGUGUGUGUAGGUUUGGAUUCGUGGCCAUCUACCUCACAGAGCCCCUAGUGCGUGGCUUCACCACUGCGGCCGCCGUACACGUCUUCACCUCCAUGCUGAAAUACCUCUUUGGAGUUAAAACCAAGCGGUACAGUGGGAUCUUUUCGGUGGUGUAUAGUACAGUCGCUGUAUUGCAGAAUAUUAAAAACCUCAACGUGUGUUCCCUAGGCGUCGGGCUCAUGGUUUUUGGUUUGCUGUUGGGUGGCAAGGAGUUUAAUGAGAGAUUUAAAGAGAAAAUGCCGGCGCCCAUCCCUUUAGAGUUCUUUGCGGUAGUCAUGGGGACGGGCAUUUCAGCUGGGUUUAACUUGAAAGAAUCAUACAACGUGGACGUCGUUGGAACACUCCCUCUGGGGCUGCUGCCUCCAGCCAACCCAGACACCAGCCUCUUCCACCUCGUGUAUGUGGAUGCCAUCGCCAUCGCCGUCGUUGGCUUCUCAGUGACCAUCUCCAUGGCCAAGACCUUGGCAAAUAAACAUGGCUACCAGGUGGAUGGCAAUCAGGAGCUCAUUGCCCUCGGACUCUGCAACUCCAUCGGCUCACUCUUCCAGACCUUCUCGAUUUCCUGCUCCCUGUCUCGGAGCCUCGUGCAGGAGGGAACCGGAGGGAAGACACAGCUUGCAGGUUGUUUAGCCUCGCUGAUGAUUCUGCUGGUCAUCCUAGCCACGGGAUUCCUGUUUGAAUCUUUGCCACAGGCUGUGCUCUCGGCCAUUGUCAUAGUCAACCUGAAGGGGAUGUUCAUGCAGUUCGCGGACCUCCCGUUCUUCUGGAGAACCAGCAAGAUAGAGCUGACCAUCUGGCUCACCACCUUCGUGUCCUCCUUGUUCCUGGGGUUGGACUAUGGUCUCAUCACUGCCGUCAUCAUCGCCUUGCUGACCGUGAUUUACAGAACCCAGAGUCCGAGCUACAAAGUCCUUGGACAACUUCCCGAAACUGACGUGUAUAUUGACAUAGACGCGUUUGAGGAGAUCAAAGAAAUUCCUGGAAUAAAAAUCUUCCAAAUAAAUGCCCCAAUUUACUACGCCAACAGCGACUUGUAUAGCAACGCGCUCAAGAGAAAGACCGGCGUGGACCCAGCGGUCAUCAUGGGCGCCAGGAGGAAGGCCGUGCGGAAGUACGCAAAGGAAGUCGGGAAUGUGAACAUGGCCAGCGCCAUCAUGGUCAAGCCGGAUGCGGAAGUUGACGGGGAGAACGCCAAGGCCGAGGACGACGACGGCGAGGUGAAAUUCCCUCCCAUCGUGGUCAGGAGCGCGUUUCCGGAGGAGCUGCAGCGCUUCAUGCCCCCCCGCGAGCACAUCCACACCAUCAUCCUGGACUUCACGCAGGUCAACUUCAUCGAUUCCGUGGGCGUGAAGACCCUGGCAGGGAUCGUGAAGGAGUACGGAGACGUGGGCAUUUACGUCUACUUGGCAGGCUGCAGCGCCCAGGUCGUGACUGACCUCACUCAAAACCGAUUCUUUGAGAAUCCCGCCUUGAAGGAGCUGCUCUUCUACAGCAUCCACGAUGCGGUCUUGAGCAGCCAGGUCCGCGAAGCCCUGGCCGCGCAGGAAGCCCUGGCCGCGCCUCCCCAGGAGGAUAUGGAGCCCAAGGCCACCGCCAGCACUCCGGAGGCGUAGACAGCGAGGACC